AUGUCAUCACUGGAGCAGAUGAAAAAGGACUGCCUGCCUUCUGGAACCCUGUCCUCCACCUCUUUAAAAGGCACUUUAACUAAAAUCCAGAGCAGAAGACACAAAGGAAAGAAACUCCUAGUAAAUGACCAAGAGGAGACGGACGCAGAAUGUGAUAUCUGCAGUCGCAGUCGCACAGUCCGCAGGAUCCUGGUGGCCUGCGUCGUCUCGUUCCUCGCUCUGUUUUUCGCCAUGGCCUUGGACUUCAGCUCCAGCUUGGCUCAGUGGCAGGUUACUGAGAACUGCCUGAGUGAUCUGACCUCCUGUAGGACUAAUGCCACGCUCCAGAUUAUCACUGAACUUCAAACGAUGAGGAGCUCAUGCUCAUCAAAUAAGAGCAGAGAUGAAGAGUCAUUACCAUGCUCCUUAUCUGAUAUAUUGUCUGUGAUCAACCACCGCUGUACAGCAGUAGAACUGGACAGUAUUGGACAGCCUUGUGGUUCAGAACUUGCUGAGUUCUGUAGCCAUCUUCAGUCUGAUGUUUUGAACUUUGUUAAUGAGACAUUGGAUGAUGAACCGAUUGAUGGUAUUAAUGGAAGUACCAUCACUCUUGUGAUUGAAAAAGUAUUAUACAUCUCUGGAAUCCAAGAUGUGGACAUUAGUCUUCUGAAGCAAAGCUCAGACUGGGCUGAUAUACUAACUUUAAAACUUCUCGUCAAGCUGCAGGAACUCAACUAUCAGUGGAUGUUCAAUGAAGGAGGACCAGACUUCCAGCACAAAUGGUCUCAAACAAUGGCCAUUCUGAUGAUCCUUCAGAACCUGUCGGAGAGCUUUCAGAGCUGCUGGAUGGAGAACCUUGGCCUGGAGCUCUACUUAACCCCAGAACCAAAAGUAUCCCACCCACUUCUCACUCUCUACAGCCCUGGAUUCUCUUUAGAAGGGGCCUCCAUGCUCGUUCUCGCUCUGGAAAACAUCCAGAACUGCUUUCUGGCCGGAACCACAUUCACCCUAAAGAUGAAAUCCAGAGAUAUCUCCUCCAGCAUCAGCCUAAAAAUAUGUCUCCUGACCAUCGCGUGUCUCAUCUACCCCAUCGUGCUGCUCUCCUUUAAGGAAAUGACAGAGUGGAUCCAGGACUACGCUCAGAGUCUGAAGCAUAGAACAGAAGACCUGAAGACUCAGAGGCGACUGGCUGAGGAUCUCCUCCAUCAGAUGCUGCCCAAGUCUGUGGCCAAGCAGCUUCGCAGGAAAAGACACGUGGAAGCUGAGAGCUACGAGAGUGUGACCAUUUUCUUCUCAGACAUCGUGGGCUUCACUGCUAUAUCAGCCUCCUGUACUCCACUGCAGGUUGUUGAAAUGUUAAACAAUCUCUACAUGUGCUUCGACACACGCAUAGACUCUUACGAUGUUUACAAGGUGGAGACAAUUGGUGAUGCGUACAUGGUGGUGAGUGGGCUUCCAGAGAGAAACGGGGAGAAACAUGCAGAUGAGAUCGCUAAGAUGUCUCUGGAUCUGGUGGCGGCUGUGAGACAGGUUCUUGUUCCCCACAUGCCCAACAAACGCCUGCAGCUCCGAGCAGGAAUACACACAGGUAGAGUAAAAGUCCUGUCAGUGUUUACACACUUUACAUUUUAA